AUUGUUAUUGCCCAAUUCGUCAGUUCAUUAUCGCUAUUCUUUGUUAACCACUAUUCUUUGUCCUAUUCAACCUCGAGUUAGAAAAUAAAUAUCCACCCCCUUUGAUGUUAACAUCAUAUCUUUCCAAACGUCUAUCCUCGAUAUUUUCAACAGCCAAGAUGGCGACGCAACUCUCUGAUAUUCCAACCGUUGCGCAGCUAUACCAGCUCAAGAAGCUCUCACCCCUAGCGACCGAGACUAGCACUUCCGUAACGCCAUCGGACUUCCUCAACAAUAAGGUUUCCAUUUUUCGCGGCAAUAUCACGAGACUCCAGGUUGAUGCUAUCGUCAAUGCAGCCAACAAGUAUCUAGCCGGAGGAGGCGGUGUCGACGGAGCAAUUCACGCUGCAGCUGGCCCCGGCCUCUUGCAGGAAUGCAGCACUCUAGGUGGAUGUAAAACUGGCAGUGCAAAGAUUACUGGUGCUUAUGAGUUGCCUUGCAAGAAAGUUAUUCACGCCGUUGGUCCGGUUUACUCGAGGUUAGACCGUGAAAAGAGCGCUGCGUUGCUGGCUAGCUGCUACACGACAAGCCUUCAGUUGGCAGUUGAUAAUGACUGCAAGAGUGUUGUAUUUAGCGGUCUCAGUACUGGUGUUUACGGCUACCCAAGCCAAGAUGCUGCGUCUGUUGCAACUAAGGCUGUGAGAGGGUUCCUGGAGGGUGCUUCCGGAGAUAAGAUCGACAGGGUCAUUUUUUGCACAUUUGAGGUGAAGGAUGUCAAUGCAUACAACGAUUGGGUUCCCCAGGCUUUUCCACCAGCAGAGCAAGAUUUGAAGGGAGGAGACCAAGCCAACGAGAGCAAACAGGCUGAAGACAGCGACAAAGCUGAGAAAGCGGGAGUUGUUGGAGCCGGACAGACGGCCAUCAGUGGUGCUUCUGAAAACCUUUCCGAGUCCCACACAACCGUUGAUGAUCUACCAGAGGUUCCAAAGGCAGAGCCAUCGACAGAGGACGGGCCAGAACCAAAGAGGCAGAAGCAGCAACCGUCAGACCCAUAGGAAAUUGCCGCAAAAUGGAUUCAUUCUUGAAAUGACUAAAGGUAGUAGUUUCAGGAUCCGAUAUGAUCAUUCUGGUGUAUUUGGAAAAGCGAAGGGGGGUAGAAAGCCUACUGUGGCUGGUGCAAGGGCAAUAGACGUGGACAAUAGUUGCAGCUACCAACUAAGCAUGCUUCAUCGAUAAAAGCGUACCUACCUUCCUCUGUCAUAAAAUUGACCCAAAUGGAAAUUAAUGCUAUGUUAUCCUACAAUUCAAAUGAUUGCAUAGCCAGGCUUAUCAUUUCUCACCUUUGUAGUUUCUCACGACCAUAGCGAGGGG